UUCCGUUACUAUAGCAUCUACUAGUGUAGCAUGGCUACCCGUGUCAGGGACACAUGACAGUCUAGGAGGAUCAUUAUCACUUCUCAGAAUCCUGGGACACUGAUGGGGCAGAAUAAUACAAGGAACUUUUCUUCCUUUAUUUUCCCAUACAGCAUCAUGUGCGGUUUGUUUAAUAUUUAAACAAGGAGUUUUCCAAAGUCUGUUCAAUAGUUUUGAUGCAUCGGGAACUAUUACCCAACACUCCUCAUGUGAAACUAGGUUGAAUGGCUUUGCCUCUAUCCUGAACAGCUGUCUGCUUCCCCUGCAGAUAGACCAUCACUGAUGUGAGCUUCAACCACUUGGAUAAUUACUUUCCUCAUAGACUUUAUUUCAUCCUCUCAUUUGAUCCCAUAAAGAAUUGUCUGUUUUAUUUAAUACUUCUACAAUCAGAGGUAUAGGGCCAUUUGGCUUACAAACUAUUCUUGCUGAAAUGUGUUCAUUGAACUAUUAGCCAUUUUUAAUCAAGGUGGCAGAUAUACUUCUGUGUGUGAGACAAUACGGGGAGGAUGAGUGGUUUGCUGUAGAGCUGAGAGAUAAAGACAUACAAUGCCUUUCCAAGCACUCAGCACGUUCAAAGAGAAAAUCCUCAAUCCAGGAAAAGACGAGGUGAAGAAUAGCAUUGGGGACUCUCUGGGGAACCUGCAAAGGAAAAUUGAUGGAACAAAUGCUGAUGAGGACAACCUAGAACUGAAUGAAGAUGGACAGCCAAUCCAGGCCCCCACUCACACGCCCCCCAGAUUUGACUGCUAUUGCUGUGGACUUCCCAAGCGUUACAUUAUUGCCAUUAUGAGUGGGCUGGGUUUUUGUAUUUCCUUUGGAAUUAGGUGUAAUCUUGGCGUUGCCAUCGUAGAAAUGGUGAACAACAACACUGUAUAUGUCAAUGGGAAGCCUGAGAUUCAGAAAGCUCAGUUCAGCUGGGAUCCAGAAACAGUUGGCUUGAUCCAUGGAUCUUUUUUCUGGGGAUAUAUUGUGACCCAGAUCCCUGGAGGGUUUAUUGCAAACAAGCUUUCUGCCAAUAGGGUGUUCGGUGCUGCUAUUUUCUUAACAUCUCUCCUAAAUAUGCUGAUUCCGCCAGCUGCAAAAGUACAUUAUGGGUGCGUUAUAUCUGUCCGCAUACUGCAAGGUCUUGUUGAGGGUGUGACGUACCCAGCAUGCCAUGGGAUGUGGAGUAAAUGGGCACCACCACUGGAAAGAAGCAGACUAGCAACCACAUCCUUCUGUGGGUCGUAUGCCGGUGCAGUUGUUGCCAUGCCACUAGCAGGGAUUCUCGUACAAUACAUUGGUUGGUCCUCUGUCUUCUACAUUUACGGAAUGUUCGGCAUGUUCUGGUACGUGUUCUGGCUGCUACAUGCCACAGAGAGCCCAGCUGCACAUCCGUCUAUUACUGCUGAAGAAAGAUCAUACAUUGAGACAAGUAUAGGAGAAGGCUGCAGUUUAGUUACAGAUGGUAAAUUUAAGACCCCUUGGAAAAAAUUCUUUACCUCCAUGCCGGUGUAUGCAAUCAUAGUAGCAAAUUUCUGCAGAAGCUGGACGUUUUAUCUAUUGCUGAUCAGCCAGCCCGCUUACUUUGAAGAAGUCUUUGGAUUUCCAAUAAGCAAGGUCGGCCUACUUUCUGCAGUUCCACACAUGGUUAUGACAAUCAUUGUACCAAUCGGAGGGCAGCUGGCUGAUUUCUUAAGGAGCAGGCAGAUAUUGAGCACCACAACUGUAAGAAAAAUCAUGAACUGUGGAGGGUUUGGCAUGGAGGCCACACUGCUGCUUGUGGUUGGAUAUUCUCAUACAAAAGGCAUUGCAAUUUCCUUUCUCGUCCUGGCCGUAGGAUUCAGUGGCUUUGCUAUAUCAGGUUUUAACGUUAACCACUUAGACAUUGCACCAAGGUACGCAAGUAUUCUUAUGGGGAUAUCUAAUGGUGUUGGGACCUUAUCUGGAAUGGUGUGUCCACUCAUUGUGGGAGCAAUGACAAAACAUAAGACUCGUGAAGAGUGGCAAAAUGUGUUUCUGAUUGCGGCAAUAGUCCACUACAGUGGUGUUAUAUUUUAUGGUAUCUUUGCUUCGGGAGAUAAGCAGGAGUGGGCAGACCCAGAGAGCCUUAGUGAAGACAAGUGCGGUAUUAUUGACAAUGAUGAACUUGCAGAAGAAACUGAACUGAAUAAUGAAUCAUUCACCAGUCCCAGUAAAAAGUCAAGUUAUGGUGCUACCAUACAGAGCAAUGAGAAGCGCAAGGCCGGCUGGAGGAGGCAGAAGGAAAUGACCCAGGACUUUGAUGAACAGACUUCCUACCACUAUGAAAAUGGGAAUUUUCAGGACACCUAGUACUGGGAGUGCAAUGCUUAAGUAUUCCAGGAAGUUAGAAGUUUACAAUUGAAGAUUGAGGAUGCAAGAGUGAUAACGUUAAGCAUGCCGGCACUUUUAUACACUGUGGAAAAAAUUGGCUGUCCCUAAAUUACCCGCUGCACAUAUUGAUUAUACCAUUACAUGGUAUGGUGCACUGUAAUAGCAGUGCUAGGUUUCAUGCUAUGCAACAGUAACAUGCAUGUGCCCAUGGUAGCUGAAGCAUUUCUCUUUCAGUCAUACUGUAUGUAUUUUCAUUUCAUGGAGCGAAUUCCCCUUUAGGAGCUUACAUCAUAUCACCCUGGUAUUUUCCUCCAUCUCCCCUCUUUGAUGUGUUAAUGUUUUGUUUCUUUAUUUAAAUAUAUAUAGACAUUAACUCCGUCACUAUUUCUACACUGUUGCGGAGACUUUGCUGACUGACGUACAACUGAUGAUAUUGGGAUAAUCCAUAUGUCUUUGUGUGUGCUGGGUGAUGAUAUUUGUCUUUCUUUCAGAAACCUAUUUUUAUAUAACCUUAUAAGUUAGGCUUUACUUGAGGUAACUCAUAAUAAACAUUUCCUAAUUAAACAUCUCUGAAAGGAAAAGUUUCUCAGUACAACAGUAUGAGAACUGAGUACACAAACUACGUCACUGCAGUCAAUAGAAUUAUAGCCAGGGGAUGUAUAUUUGUAGAUGUCCUCUGUACAUAGACUCUGACCGAGAUGUCUCCUGCCCUCCUUACUGUAUUUUUUUCACAAAAUGGCAUACAUAAAUAUAUGAAAUGUUAUUGUGACUUUAUGCUCUGUUCUCAAAAAUACAUCAAUGUACUUGUUA